AUGGCCGGUGCUUGCCCCCCCGCAGUCGUGUCCAUGGUGAAGUCCCUACUUCAAAGCGACUUGCCCAUGCUCGAGAAGAUGCAGCAGCUCACGAAGACGUUGAAGGCACACAAUCUUGCAUGGACGCAAGACAUUGCUCCAUCGGCCUGUUUGGUUCACCCCUCGAACCGUGCGGGACAGAUGCUGUCCGUCGACGAUGUCUGGAACAAAGGGCUUCGCAUGGUGUCGCUUGGGGUGCAGCGUAGCCUUCUCCAGGGCUCGGUAUGCAUUGAGAUUGCUCACGACGUUGGGAAGAAAACAGAGCAGCUGGAGGCCAAUCGCAGGCUGGUUGCGCUGUCUCACGGGCAGCUCGCCCCGGUGAAAGGAGAUGAACGAUUUCUCACCUUGGGGACGAGCCAUACAACUGCCUUUUUCAAGGCGGUGGAAGCAGGCUGCCAGUGUGGUGAUGCGAAUGUGCAUGUGAAGCAACUGGAGGACGUCCUUUCCGGAUGGCCUUGGUUAGUGCUCUCAUCUUUGGUGGAGCAGGCCUGCCCAGGGGUGCCUCUGUUCUAUCAGUUGGCGAGCAAUGCAUCUGGUUCUGGGCAGAAGCAGGUGAGCGAGGUAGAAGCUGCCGGACUCAUGGCGAUGAGGAUCAAGAGUGGUGCUUCUUUGGAGUCUUCUGUUGCAGAGUUAAAGCAAGCGGAUCCAGCCUGUCGCGGUAGUUUGGAUGCUAUUAGCCACUACGUGUCACGAUACGGAGGCAAGUCCUACGGGACCUUGAUGAUCGGCACGGACGUGAUGAAAACGCUCGCUUUCUGCGACUUCAAGAACCCGAACACAGUGUACCCUUUCGCUCGCUUGGCGUUCGCAACGAUGCUUUCCUCACCGAAGCAGACCGACGGGUUUCAGAAGAUCGUCAGUGUGUCGGACAUUCAGAAGCUCAAGACGCAAGCAAUGCGCGACUUGCUUGACCAGUUCGAGACCUUGGUGAAGGAUUCCUGGGAGUUGUGCAGCAAUGCCCACGUGACCGGGGCAUCCUUGGAGCGAGUGUUCGGCAAGCUGUGUGUGAGGGCGGCUCUGUUUGUCUUGGGCAAGGACAAAGCGUUGGGAGAGAAGCAUGUCUUCGCGGACUUGCCAGAGAUCGCAUGUGCUUUUGCGGGCGAGCUGAAGAAGGGCAGCUCGGAGGCAAGCGGUUCCGGUGGAUCGCAGGCAGCAGCAGCAUCAUCAGCGUCAAGCUCCUCGGUAACCAACGUUUUGGACUGCAAGCCCCAGGAGAUGGCUCUCUUGCAGAAUGCUCACAUGCAGCUGGGGGGCUUGUACACGAAUGUCAAAGACCACGGCAACAAGAUCUUUGUCUUCACGAAGGCGGACGAGAACGGAGUCUGGAUGGAACACGAUCCCCUCUUGGCGCCCAAGGAGACCGUUUUCGUUCACUUCGGGCUCCUGCUAAAGUGGCGCAAGUUCAAGGGACAGGCCCCAGCCUUGUGCCCACCCUCCAUGGUGGAGAUGAAGAUGGUGCAUGAGAGCAGUGCGGUUUUGGAUGAGUACAACAAAGCCCAGAUGCAGCAGCUUUUGCUUGACAAUGCCUGGAACAAGAAGGUUGAAGCCAAGGACCUCGCUUUCACUUCCUUCCCUGCCAUGGUGCAUGCGAUGAAGAGCUACAAGAAGGCCGGCGACUUGGAACUCUGGCCAUGGGGUACCGUGACCAAAGUUCGUGCAGGCAAGCCCGUGCCAAAGCGGCUGCAUGCCAAGGGCUUUGGGUGCGAUUGGAUGAUCCAGCCUUUCAAGGCUUUGAACCAGGCGGACUUUACGAAGAUGCCGAAUGAGGAAGGCGAGGGAGUCCUGGCCCCUUUCUUCUGGGUCAAGGAGACAAAGGAUGCCGAUGCAGCCAACAUGCACAUUCACGUCUUCAAGAAGAACGGCAAUAGCUUCCCUGUUCUGAAGAACAAGCGGCCCAUCAAGGAGUACGAGGCUUUGACGUACUGCGAAGAAGAGCCUGCAGAGGGACAGGCGAAGAAGAAGGCCAAGAAAGAGUGA